AGGCUCCUACCCAACCUCAACCUCAAGGAGCCCAGAACCUCGGGCUGUACCCUCGUCCAACUCGCAGAAGACAAGUCUCUUCUUCCCUUGUGGCUGGAGGAAAACUAAAUCAUAGACACAAAUGGCUGACGAGGCUUCUACUACCCAGUCCAAACGUUUGGAAGGAAAAGUGGCCAUCGUCACCGGCGGCGCCAGCGGCAUCGGCGAGACCACCGCUCGUCUCUUUGCGGAUCACGGCUCUCGCGUGGUGGUGAUCGCAGACAUCCAAGACGAGAAAGGGGAACAUGUGGCAACCUCCAUAGGUACCCACCGAUGCAGCUACAUCCACUGUGAUGUGGCCGAUGAAGAUCAAGUGAGGUCCAUGGUUGAAUGGACGGUCCAGAAGUACGGACGCCUCGAUAUCAUGUUCAGCAACGCGGGGAUUCUCAACAACCAUCAGACCAUCCUGGACCUCGAUCUAACGGCCAUGGAUAGACUCUUCUCCAUCAACGUCAAGGGAAUGGUGGCCUGCGUGAAGCACGCGGGGAGAGCCAUGGUGGAUGGGGGAGUGAAGGGGAGCAUCGUGUGUACGGCGAGUGUUGCAGCGAGUGUGGGUGGGACGAGUCACACGGAUUAUACCAUGUCGAAGCAUGCGGUGUUGGGGUUGGUGAGAUCGGCGAGCCGCCAAAUGGGGCGGUACGGGAUCAGAGUGAACUGCGUGUCGCCCUCCGGGUUGGCGACGCCGCUGUCGUGUCGAAUGUUGGGGAUGGACGAGGAUGGGGUGGAGGAGCAGAUCUCCAAGACCACCAGCCUGGAAGGAUUGGUGUUGAAGGCGAAUCAUGUGGCGGAGGCCGUGUUGUUCCUUGCUUCCGAUGCGUCUGCCUUCGUCACUGGCCAUAAUCUCGCCGUCGACGGUGGUUUCCUCCCCCCACCACCUCGUAGCGACUUAUCAUAAUCAUCUUCUGGUCGGUAUUCUCCGUUUAAAUUUCUAGGGUUCUCUUGGCCCUAAUUCUCGCUGUCUCCUAAAAUAGUUGAUUGUAUUUAUUUUCGUUCAGGCGUGCCAGAAUUCAUUUUGUUUUUGACUCAAAACAAUCUGACUUUGAUCAAACGAAUUGAGUUCUUAUUUGCCCCAA